ACCUUCCCCCCAAAGUCUGGUAUUUUACUGAUCUUUUCAUCUCUGUUCAAACUCUGGCAAUUAUUUACUGAUUUUCUAUUCAAUUUUCUGAGCAAAAUCUGGUACUUCUACUGAUUUUAUUUUCAAUUUCCGUUCAAGGUUAGUCAAAUUGAACCCAGAUUUUUUCACUCAAAUGCACAAACUAAUCUUAUCUGAUGAUUUCUGAGCAUUCUUUACAAAUUUCUACUUCCUUCAAUGGGGGCGUUAACGUUCAAUAGGAAGCGAGGUAACGAUUUUUUCUCUUCAAAUUACAAAACCCAAUUUUCAAAUCCUUCCAAUUUCGACCACAUUUCAAAAAAACCCAAACUUUCUAUAUAUCAAACCCUAAAUCCACCAAAAUCAACUGUGCAACGGUUUUUGAAGUACCCGGAUCCAAUUAACCCGAUCCGAAGACAAGUUCAUGCUCCAUGUAGGAAAUCAAGAUUUGGGUCUAAGUGUAUUUCAGCAAAUUCAGCUCCUGAAAUGGGUAAUUUUGUAUCAAGAGUGUACGAUGAAGCUAAGAAAAGUGCUUUUUAUAGUUUAAGAUGUUUGAAAAAAGUUAAGGAAGUGAUAUUUAUUGAUGAUGAUGAUGCUAAAAAGGGUGAUUUAGAAGCUGGGGUUUAUGAAAAGAGUGGUUUUUAUGGUAAUUUAGAAGCUGGGGUUUGUGAAAAAAAUAAUUUUUUUGGUAAUUUGGAAGGUGGGGUUGGUGAAAAAAGUGUAAUUUUGAGCCAAGAGGGGAAGGAGACUAAUGGGGCUGUAGAAAUUUUGGAUGGUGUUGAUGGUAAGGAUUCGUCGGUGGUAACUGCGGGUUUGGAUGAUGGAAAUUUGAAGGAAGAGAGUGUAGGGAAGAUGUUAGACACACUAGCGUUGAACCCCACGUCUGAUUCUGCUUUCUAUGUCCCUUUGUAUAAGAAAUUGCUUGGUUCAGUGGGGAAAAUGAAUGAUAAGUUGAAAAGACUGCAGUUUCAGAUUGGAUAUAAUGAGAAGUGUCUCGAAACGUAUAGUUUGUUGCGGCCUCAGAAGAAAGGAGAACAUGUUAAACAGGAUGUGAUUUCAGAACCAUUUGUGCCUCUCACUGAGGAGGACGAGGCUGAGGUAUUGCGUGCUCUAUCUAAAUCCAAUCGGUAUGGUUUAUACACAUCUCAUUUUGUAUGA